AUGGUUUUCUCUCGUGUCCUAAUGAUUUGUUCUACACUCAUCGUCAUCACAUCUUCACAAUCGACGAUAUCAAUUGGAGUUAUUGAUGAAAAUGAUUCUCCCCAAGGAAUUCUAAAUAUAGCUGUGCCAAACACAACCUUCUGUUAUCAUCAAGGUUUAAUUUUACAAAUUCGAUGGAUCAAUCCUAGAAAGUCGUUGUUGAAUCUUCUCAAUGAAUUAGAUGUGCGUGCAAAUCAAACACAUGUCUAUCUCGCACAUAUGGAUCAUUUUUCAACAAAAUUAAUUGAAGGUUUUUGUCAAACGUAUCGUAUUCCAUUCGUUAUUAUGAAUUCACAAGGGAUUAUAACUACAACAUCAUUUCCUCAAACUUAUUUUGUCAUGCCGAACAUUCUUCGCGUCUUGAUCAGUUACUUAAAGCAUCAUUCCAUACGAAAAAUUGUCUAUAUUUAUGAUAACGAAGAAGCGAAACAUCGCAUAUAUGAAUUUCUUCAAUUAACGAAUUAUGAUGAAUAUUUCAAUAAUUUCUCGUUAGAUAUUCGAGCAACACAACAUGAAGAUGUGUAUUCGCUUUUGUAUAGUCUUGAUAUUCAUUCCAACAACCGAGAACAACCGCCAAAAUACAUUCUAUUAGAUUUGGAACUGUAUGUUAAUUACGAAAGGAUGUUCGAGAAAAUUUCACAUAUGGGUCUAACCAGUGAUUUGUACUAUUACAUACUUCUAUCAGGAUUUGAUGUUUGCAGUUGGAUGCAUAAAGUAAAUCUAACUGGCCAUUUGGUCUAUUUUGAUUAUCACCAGCAUGAUUGUGAACUCGAUGAACAGGAAAUCUCCACUUUCAAUGAUCCAUCUUCGUUGAUAUCGAAAUCUAAACAUCAUAUGACAUAUUAUCAAACAACAUUAACCUUUCGAAAUGAACGUCAACGAUCUAAUGUGACGAAUUCGUCUCAAACCAACUCCGAUCGACUUUCCCAUGCUGAUAGUACGAAAGAUAAUUCAUGUACAGAUCAACUUACACAACCAUUCGAAUAUUUUUCCUAUUCAUAUUUUCUUUCUCAAUUACCCAAAUCGUCACAAACACGCGCGCGUCCGUUGUACGAUGCAUUUAACUUUAUUAUUCGUAUUCUCAAUUCGAACAUCAUCGAUUGUCGAACGUUACGUUUACGGCAAACGAAGUCUAAAACAUUCAAACCGAACUUAACGGAUAUCAAUGUGUAUACAAUAAGAAAACCACGAAAACAACCCGUUGAACUUAUUGGAAGAUAUACUGGUGCCAAUGAUGAGUAUCAUCCAUGUUUGGUUGAUAAACGAAAAGAUUUAGCGAAGAAAGAGAGAGAAACAUCAUCGAGAACUUAUUAUAUUACGAGUUUAUUCGAUGAACCAUUUUUAAUGUUACGUAAACGUACAGUUUUACAUACGAUAUACACUCAACCACAAGCAGAUUUGAAAGAUUUACGUGGUCAUGUAUUUGAUUUUCAUGAAGUGGAAGGAUUUUGCGUUGAUUUAGCCGAAAAAGUUUGUUCAAUCUUGAACAUCACAUGCAAGUUUCGUAUCGUUCAAGAUGGAGGAUUCGGAAGUAAAAAUGCGUCGUCAGGUAUUUGGAAUGGAAUGGUCGGUGACAUAGUGGCUCGUGUCGCUGAUAUGGCCAUUGCGCCGUUAACAAUCAGCCAAGUACGCAUGGAAGCAGUGGAUUUCAGUAAACCAUUUAUGAACCUGGGUAUUUCUAUUAUGAUUCGAAAACCUGAUGCACAGAAACCAGGCGUCUUUUCAUUUAUGCAUCCUGUUUCCAUGGAAGUAUGGCUAUGCUUUUCAUUAGCAUACGUUGCUGUCAGUGUGGUCUUAUUUCUUACGUCACGGGUUGUCAAUUCAUCGUGGCGCCGACGUAUCGUUCGAAAACCAUCAUAUCGAACAUAUACGUACCCGAAAAGCGUUAGUGAUAAGCAUAAAGCUGAAAUUGAAUUAAAUCGGCAAAAACGUGAUUCAGUGGAUUCCAGACGUUCCAGUGAAUUAGCAAUACCACCACCACCACCACCGCCAGUCAAGGCAUCUGUUCGUCGUCGGCAUCGUUAUCGACCACGGCAACAAAUUGCAACAACAGAUAAUGACAAGAAGCAACAGCGCAAAUCAGACGAGAAAGAUUCCAAACAAACAGAUGUACAUCUAUUUGGAAUAUCAAACGCACUAUUCUUUUCAUUUGCCUCCUUCAUGAGGCAAUCGAUUAAUCUUGUACCUAAAUCAUUUUCUGGCCGUAUAGCUGCAACAUCAUGGUGGUGUUUUUCGUUGAUUUUCAUUUCGUCUUACACUGCUAAUCUAGUGGCGUUUCUUACAGUCGAAAAAUUAGUUGCACCGAUCGAAAGUGUCGAAGAUUUAGCUAAACAGCAUGAAAUUAAAUAUGGAUCAGUACGAAAUGGAACAACAUCGGCUUUCUUCGAGAAAUCCAAUGUUUCCGUUUUCCCACAAAUGUGGGAAGCGAUGCAGAGAAGUUCAGCUGAAGUCUUCGUCGCCACAAAUGAUGAAGGCGUAGCUAAAGUUCGAAGUUCGAAAGGCAAAUAUGCCUUUUUCAUCGAAUCGACAAAAAAUGAAUACGUCAACGAACGCGUCCCAUGUGAUACAAUGAAAGUUGGUUCUGAUUUAGAUUCCAAAGGAUACGGCAUAGCUACACGAUUAGGUUCAGAUUUAACGGAAGCAAUCAAUAUGAUAGUGACUAAUCUACGUGAAUCAGGAUUCCUUGAUAAAUUGAAACAACGCUGGUGGUAUGAACGUUCGGAAUGUUCACUAUCGUCGAAAGACAAACGUUUCAGUGAACUGAGCCUUUCUAGUGUGACCGGUCUUUUCUACAUAUUUUUGUUUGGUAUCAUUGUUUCGUGUCUCAUUGCUUUUACGGAAUUUUUGAUUACUGCCAAAGCCGAAUCAGAAAAAUUAGAAGUUAGUUUCCGAGAAAUCCUUCAAAUUAAAAUGAUCGAAAAUUUUGUUGGCAUUACAAUCAGUGCACAGAAACAACUGGAGAUCGACCGCAUUGAUAAUAUAGAAGAUACGUUCUGUCCUCCGCCAGAAACUCAAGAGAUAGAUGAUAAUUUUAUACAACAAAAACCACACAGUGAUGUUUAG